AUGGCAUCCAGCUUUGCAGCCCAGUUCCGUGACGAGAGCCCUCAUAAGUCGAAGAGGUCUGUUCUAAAGUCGAUACUCCCUCAUUCGCGUAGAAAGUCUCAAUCCGCGAACCUUUCUUCUGCCGCGUAUGACACUGAAAAUCGGAACCCGCUUCAGGCUUGGAUACUGCCACCAAACAACUCUCAGCCUCUGCCUUCUCAGCCACUAAAGGAGUUGUCUGAGAAGGCACUUAAUCAAGGACUAGCAAAUGAAUUCUUCAAAGUAAAGUGCGUGGACUCACCUGACAAAAAGAGCCUUCAUAAGAAAACAAAAAGUUCGGUGUCUUUAAAGUCACUUCUGAAGGACAACGACAAGAAAGCCUGUGGAUCGAAGCUUUCUAGCAAUGAACUUGAAUCUAAGCGUAACAAGCCGAAGAAGACCAAAUCAUCUACUAGCCUUUCUGGAAUCUUCAAGAAAUCUCAGCGGGGUAAGAAAGACGCGUCGCCCGCCAAAGACAAUAAGGAAAAUGCCGGUAUUAUCAGAAACGAUAUGCCUCCUCCGCCGAUUCCUAGAUCAAGGGCCCAUUCCAUUCAAAGUCAAGUGUCCAGUCUUUACGGAAGGACCCUCGAGGAAGAAAUGUCAUUGUACACCCCUAAAGGCUAUUCUCCAGCGAACCAGAGGAACUUCCAUGAUUUCCAGCAACCAUCUCUCACCAAACGUCCUGAACCAAAAUGGAGGCCAAAGUCAGAAUAUGGCUCCUCUAGCACAUCAUCUGUUAAGGAUCUUCUGCACUCGAUGCAUAAACGUAGUCCAUCCGCUGGAAGUAUUCAGUCGAAUUCAUCACGAACACACCCUCUGGCUGAAAAGCCCCCGUCAGAGAAACGAAAGUCGUCAAAUGGAAAUCGAGGCUCUCGCGUGAUGGCUGCAAUAGCCGCAUUUAAUGCAAAGGAUAAGAACUUCGAUAAGCCCAAGCCCGUUGAUCCGAAGGAAAUUGAGAGCGAAUUUGAACGUCUUUUGGACGCCCGAAACAUACCACAUAAUAUGCGUGACAGGAUGAGGACACUGAAUACGAAUAUCAAGGCGGAUUUUAUCAAUAAGAAUCAGAUCGAGGGCGAAUCUUCAGCUGCCUCUAUUUCAAACCAACGCCUGCCUGGACACACCUCCCAUAAACGAACUAAAAGUAAAGACAGCUCCUAUGGUCGUUCUGAUAAUAAGGCAAAUAAAGUGCGACCACUUAGCGGCAGCUUUGUGGCGGCUAAAGUCGACUUGUCCUCGUUCAGAAGACAGAAACCCGAUUCCUCCGGUUCUCAUAAACGGCCAAAGUCUGUGGAUAUGUAUGUUCCAGGAUCUUCACGUGGUGUACCCUUAACGGGACUGAGCACCGGACUACCAUCUCCAGAUCUUAUAGCUCACCCAACCGAUUUUGUUCAUUACCUAAAGGAAGUACAAAAACCCGAGAUUGUAGAAGUGAGCAAAUUGCACAAGCUUCGUAUUCUUUUACGAAAUGAAACGGUCUCAUGGGUCGAGUCAUUCAUUUCCCAUGGUGGAAUGGACCAGCUUGUUGAUCUUCUGUAUAGGAUAUUAAAAGUUGAAUGGAGAGAGGAGCACGAAGAUGCAUUACUUCACGAAGUUCUGCUUUGUAUCAAGGCCUUGUGUACUACCUCUCCUGCCCUCCAACAACUCUGCAGAAUUGGUGACGAGCUGUUUCCAACCCUAUUAGGGGUACUUUUUGGCGAAGAGAAAAAAGGACCAAGUGAAUUCUCAACCCGGAAUAUUAUACUCAGCCUCUUAUUCUCCCAUUUAUCUGCAGCUACAUUUGACGAAGUGGCUGCUCGUGCGCGGAUCAUUCUAUCAUACAUGCAAGAUCCAAAACCGCCCCAGGAAUCUCGACCUCUGCCAUUCAUUGCCGAAAUGCAUCAACCACGCCCCUAUCAGCUAUGGUGCAAAGAAAUAAGCAAUGUUACAAAAGAAGUCUUUUGGAUAUUCCUCCACCAUUUCAACGUGGUACCUGUCACACAGGCAGAGGAUGCCUCUCUCCCUUUUAUCAAGCGUUACUUUCCUCCACCACAUACUCCCGUUCCCGCUGCCCCAUACAUUGGGGGAGUGGAAUGGGAAGCUACCAAUUAUCUCGCCACACACUUAGACUUAAUAAAUGGCCUUCUUGCAUCAUUACCAACAAUUGAAGAGAGAAAUGAAUUGCGCACUUAUCUGCGCGCAUCUGGCUUAGAAAAGGUUAUGGGUCGAAGUCUUCGAACCUGUAAAGAGAAACUAUACCCUGCGGUUCAUGAGGGUCUAAAAGUUUGGGUUUCGGCCGCUGCGGACGACAGUUGGGACUAUCUCUUUGUUCGUGAAGGGCCGCCUCGAGACGCACCACCCUCGACUCCUCGUAGCCCGACCAAAGGAUGUGGAAGUCCAAAGAAACUCGGUAUUGUGGGCGAUGCGCCUCCAAAGCUAGAUCUCCAAGUUGAUAUAUGUGGAACUGGAGACCACGAGAUACUUGGUGAGAGAGUUAGUGAUGACAGAUGGGUUUGA